AUGUUGUCUCAUAAAACUUUUAUAAUGAAGAAGAAGUUCGCGAAGAAGAAGAGGCAGAAUAGGCCGACCCCGCACUGGAUCCGCCUGAGAAUUGACAACACGAGGCAAAGUGCGCAACGUCGCACAAAGCUAGGGUUCUAA